UAAACUGGAACUGGAGGAAGUCACUAAUUACGCAUCUCCCUGAUGGGACCAGGUAAAUAGCCACUGGUGAGGACUACCAGGACGACAGGGAGCCAUGGCGGCUGGAGGAGGCCCCAAGACAGUGGAAGGGGAACCCGAGGUCUCUGAGAGACCCUCCCCGCGACCUCUCGGAGCCACGGCGGACACCCCGGUGGAGGAGUCCAUAUUCCACAUCAUCCGCUGUUAUCACCACUACGCGGCCCGCGAGGGGGACGUGGAGACCCUGACCCUGCAGGAGCUCACAGACCUGCUCACCGACAACGUCCCUCAGUUCUUCACCAACCUGGGCCGUAGCGACCCCUGCUAUAUCGGGGAGCUCUUCAAGGUCGCCGACAGGAACAAAGACAACCAGAUCUCCUUCGACGAGUUCUUGUAUAUCGUGGGCAAGCUGGUCCAAGACUACCACCUGCGCUACCACCGUCAGCUGUGCGCUGGAUCCCAGCCCGCCCCCAGCCUCUACUGAGGCUGGGCCUACCCACCCCACACACCAGCGCCUCCCUGCCGGCAGGUCUGGAAAGAGGGGCGCCUCCCUCCCCCGCCACCAGGGGGCGCCGCGCCUCCUACCCCAACACCAGGGGUCGCCGCGGCCUAAAUUGGGGUUCGGGGCGAGCGGAGCGGAUCUCGGGAGUAAGGGGUCCGUGGACAUUAAAAAUUUA